UCCAGCAGCGGGAGGAGCGAGGAGGAGCGGGCGGCCCCGCGCUGCGCCCCGAGCCGUCCGGGCCCCGGCCCCGCGCCCCGCCCUCGGCUCACCUGGCACAGGAGGACCCCGUGGGCCCUUGGCCCGGGACGAGGAGGCGCGGGCAUGGCGGGAGGCGUGGCCGGAGGCGUGGGGGCCGACACCGCCAACCACCUGCCCUUCUUCUUCGGCAACAUCACGCGGGAGGAGGCGGAGGACUACCUGGUGCAGGGGGGCAUGAGCGACGGGCUGUACCUGCUGCGCCAGAGCCGCAAUUACCUGGGCGGCUUCGCGCUGUCGGUGGCGCACGGGAGGAAGGCGCACCACUACACCAUCGAGCGCGAGCUCAACGGCACGUACGCCAUCGCGGGCGGCAGGGCGCACGGCAGCCCCGCCGAGCUGUGCCACUACCACUCGCAGGAGUCCGACGGCCUCGUCUGCCUCCUCACGAAGCCCUUCCACCGGCCGCCCGGCGUGCAGCCCAAGACCGGCCCGUUCGAGGACCUGAAGGAGAGCCUCAUCCGGGAGUACGUGAAGCAGACCUGGAACUUGCAGGGCCAGGCUCUGGAGCAGGCCAUCAUCAGCCAGAAACCGCAGCUGGAGAAGCUGAUCGCCACCACGGCCCACGAGAAGAUGCCCUGGUUCCACGGCAAAAUCUCGCGCGUCGAAUCUGAGCAAAUUGUGCUGAUUGGAUCCAAGACAAACGGGAAAUUUUUGAUCCGGGACAGGAACGACAACGGGUCCUACGCCCUGUGCCUGCUGCACGAGGGGAAGGUGCUGCACUACCGCAUCGACAAGGACAAAACGGGGAAGCUGUCCAUCCCCGACGGGAAGAAGUUCGACACGCUGUGGCAGCUAGUGGAGCAUUAUUCUUAUAAAGCAGAUGGACUGUUAAGAGUUCUGACAGUUCCGUGUCAGAAAAUUGGCGGGCAGACAGGAAAUAUCAACUUCGGAGCCCGGGCAGCCCUCCCAAGUCCACAUCCUUCGACAUGGUCAGCGGGUGGAAUAAUCUCAAGAAUCAAAUCAUACUCCUUCCCAAAGCCUGGCCACAGAAAGGCCUCCACAUCGUCCCAAGGGAGCCGGCCAGAGAGCUCCGUGACCUUCAAUCCGUAUGAGCCGGACCGGGGGCCCUGGCCCACGGACAGAGACGCCCAGAGAGAGGCCCUGCCCAUGGACACCGAGGUGUACGAAAGCCCCUACGCGGACCCUGAGGAGAUCAGACCCAAGGAGGUCUACCUAGACCGCAAGCUGCUGAUGCUGGAGGAGGACGAACUGGGCUCCGGCAACUUCGGGACCGUGAAGAAGGGCUACUACCAGAUGAAAAAAGUCGUGAAAACGGUGGCUGUGAAAAUUCUGAAGAACGAGGCUAACGACCCCGCUCUCAAGGAUGAGCUAUUAGCAGAGGCCAACGUCAUGCAGCAGCUCGAUAACCCUUACAUCGUGCGGAUGAUUGGGAUCUGUGAGGCCGAGUCGUGGAUGCUGGUGAUGGAGAUGGCGGAGCUGGGUCCACUCAACAAGUAUUUACAGCAGAACAGGCACGUCAAGGAUAAGAACAUCAUAGAGCUGGUUCAUCAGGUCUCUAUGGGGAUGAAGUAUCUGGAGGAGAGCAAUUUUGUGCACAGAGAUCUGGCUGCAAGAAAUGUCCUGCUGGUGACUCAACACUAUGCCAAGAUCAGCGACUUUGGACUUUCCAAAGCGCUCCGCGCUGACGAGAACUACUACAAGGCCCAGACCCACGGGAAGUGGCCGGUGAAGUGGUACGCCCCGGAGUGCAUCAACUACUACAAGUUCUCCAGCAAGAGCGACGUCUGGAGCUUCGGGGUGCUGAUGUGGGAGGCCUUCUCCUACGGGCAGAAGCCAUAUCGGGGCAUGAAGGGAAGUGAGGUGUCGGCCAUGCUGGAGAAAGGAGAGAGAAUGGGGUGCCCCGCAGGGUGUCCAAGGGAGAUGUACGAGCUGAUGAAGCUGUGCUGGACGUAUGAGGUGGAGAGCAGGCCCGGGUUUGCAGCGGUGGAGCUGCGUCUACGCAAUUAUUACUACGACGUGGUCAACUAACGGCCCCCCGCCCCGUGGCCGCCUUGGGAGCAGACGUGGCAAAGCCAGCCCAGUGCGUGGAUCUCGAGAGCGUCCACCCAUGUCUGCUGCCAGGAGAGCCGGCCUCGCGUGGAGCGUGCCCGUGACUGUUGUCCCCAGAGCCUGUCCCCUGCACCCGCCACAGAGCAGCCCCUCCCGGAAGAGCCUGGGCAGACAGACAGACAGGAUCGGGGGUCCGUGGAUGGACUCCUCUGUGUGUCUUGUCUGCAGGGCGUGUUUUCGUGGCAGGUUACGUUCGGGUGUGUUUCCGCGCCUGAGCAUCUCGCAGCCUGCACGCGCCCGUGUGCCCUGCUCCGCGGCCGGGGCCGGCCUUGCCGUCGGCCGGGAGGGAAGGGGCGUCGAGGGGGCCGGCUGCCUCGAGACACUGGCUCCGACGGGCCGAAAGCCGGAGGGAGCCCAGCCGCUGAAAAGCUGCCCUGGCGAUGAAAGUGCUCUGAGGCUUAAAAACAACUCUAAGCAAGUAGCCAGGAAAGGGGGACAAAGAGUGUCUCCAUGUGUUCUGACACAGAAGACUCACGUCCGCGUGAAAAACAGGGCUCCUGGCGGGACCUGGCUUGGCUUCCUUUCCCCCACACCCCCUCCCAAGGCUGUGCGUACAGGGUACGAGUAACACCCGUGGAGGCGGUGGCGUCUGUCACCUCAGGCCUGAGCGAGGACAGAGGGCAGCCUGCGGCGGGUCACCGUGUCCUGGGUGCGGUCCAGGCUCCCCUCCCCUAGAGAGCGGUGUGGCCCGAAUUCCCCACACAGUAGGGGGAAGGCUGGUGGCCGAGGCCACCUAAACAUGAGUCUCCUAAGGAUGGAUUAAUUCCUAACAAAGCCACUGGCCCUGACCCUCCCCACAGGCAUGCCUGGUGUGACUUCGGGCUGACGGUGCGAGGCAGGAAUUGUUUGCUCGGCCCCUCGUCUUAGGGAACACACGAGCCAUUGGCCCACAGACACCAGUAAGGUUAGAAUUACCCAGCAUCCUCGGGGCAGCCGAGACCCACGGCCUCGGGCCGCCUGCGGUUAUUCCUGAGACGUUUUAAAGGUGUGUCCAGCCUGUGGACGGGAGAGUCGUCUCUCCUCGUAAGAGGGGAGCCUAGCGUGGCGAGAGGCAGCCGUCAGCACCCCUGCUCUGCCGGGAGGAGACACGAGUCACCCAUGGAACGGUGGUAAGAAGCUCCCAGAACCCAUCACGCUUUUUUGGAAUCACGCUACUUGGCGGUUUGAUCAUUUUGUUAAAAAGGGUCCCUGUGUGCUGGGCAGAUACUCGGAAACAGUGGCCACAGAGUCCCCGAAAUUAAAAAGAUGAGUGGAAUCUCUGUGCUCGGCCGUGCGUAGAGUUUGUGUGGUAACUGCAAGGGUCGGAUAAGGCUGGGUGACAUCCGGGCAAGAGGCUGUCGCUGAGCGGCGAGUACCCUUCUGACGCCAGCACGCGUCUCAGCGGGGCCGCGGGCCCGCACGUGGGAGGCCUGGGCCUGGUUUUCACACGCACGCCGCCCUGCCGAUGGCCGGUCCUCACGCCCAGUGCCUUUACCUGGUGGCAGAAGCGCGUCAGGGACAGAGGGCACGCAGCCCGCUCUGGCCAGAACCAGCUGUGUGCUGGCGCCACGGACACUGCGCUCCCGCCAGCGGGAUGAGGGCUCCCGAACAGAAACGUAGCCCUUUCUGUGCUGAAGACGAUGACUUGCUUCUCCUCCGAGCGUGUCCCCGCACGGGCUGUCGCCAGCCUUGGGGCGACGGUACAUCGCCCCUGCCCUGUGGCCGCCGCCCCGCCUGGACUGCACGCGCGCAGGGGACCGCCGGGCCCUGUCCCGCAGAGCACGCGCAGCCGCUCAGUGGGUUCCCGUCCUCCGUCCCAGAACUGCUUUCUGUCACUGGACUUUGUUAACUGUAGGUUUUUUAAAUAAAAGUUUUAAAUUAGU